AUGAGUGAAUUAGAUGUCGAUGUACCCGAGAUCGAGUUCGCAGCUUGGCCAGAUGAAUGUAUCAAGCAGCUCAAUGACGAGGUGCCGGAGAUGUUCGACAUUCCCUUGGGUCUGUCCCUGAAGAUAUAUUGGCAGCUCAUGAAGCACAUCCGGAUGCCCCCCGACCUUGCCAUCAAACCAACGUCACCCUACCAAUUUCACAGCAGUACAUCGCGCGAGGACACUCAUCUUCCUCAAGUCCCAAAUGUGUUUGAUCGUGAAUCUCGCCCUGUUCUGCCUACAAGCAGAGAUGAACCUGUCGGUGGUGGAAGACGACAGGCUAGCCUGCCGUUCAAGGCGAAGAAACCUUUACGGGUUGACCCUACAUUCAUGCGCCGCAUGGAGGAGAGUCCCGCUGACUCUCGUAAUGAUGCAGACUUGGAGCUUGCGCCCUACCCAGGCCCUCGUCGUGAGGACAGAGAUUUCGUUGCCCCAAACCGCCGCCGUGAAUAUUCUCGUUCACCUCCUGUAUACCCUCAGCGAGAUCCAUCUCGCUCAAGGUACUAUCGGCCCACCUACAGGCAACGCGAGACUUCUCCUGUCGCGCUUAGCGAUGAUGUUCUUAUCCUGGACGUCCUGCUCACUCACGCCGGCAAAAUCAUGCUGAUGAUUUCAAUCAGAGGUUCCAAAAGGAGAGCUGGUGACUCUCAUUAUGAAGACGGGCCUUCGCGGUUUCGCUACUAA